CCCACCCUGACAUCAGCUGGGCUGCCUGGCAUUAACAGGGAAGCUUCCACCCAUUUCCUUGCCCGCCACCGAGCGACCCAUGUCCCCCCUGGUCACCGCCGCCUGCUGUUGCUGCUCCAGCCGCCGCCCACCGCCGCCUUCCCGGGCCAGUUCUCUCCAGAGGAAGGAACUGACCCUGCAGGAUUUGCCGGAGGACACUUUGCUGGACGUCCUCUCCUGGGUUCCCAAGCGGGACCUGAUCCACAACUGCCGGCUGGUCUGCAAACGGUGGCGUUACCUAGUGGACCUUCCCGUGGUCUGGAAGAGGAAAUGCGAGCGGCUCGGCUUCCACCUGGAGCCGCUGGAAGGCAGCCUUCCGGAUUGGAGGGCGUUUUUCUUCAGCUUGAGCAAAAGGAAUCUCCUGAGGAACGUUUGCGGAAGAGCGGGGCUGAGAUACUGGGAACUGCAUCCCGCGGACUGGAUGGCCGACUGGAUGCCUGAGGAUAUUCCCAGUGGGUUCAAGAGGCAUUUCUUCAAGAUAUUUAAAAAGAAACGCAAAUCCCCUCUUCCAGACACCGUUUGGACGGUCUUCGUACCAACCUGGCACCAAGAUGGCGGCCUGAGGUUUUUUGUGAAGAAGAAACAACGCGUCACCUUGAAGGACAAAGGGAUCCCGAACUGGGUAAUGGAUGAAAUGAAGCCCCAAAUCACGGUGAAGGAUUGGUAUUUUAAUGUGGACAAUUCCCACUACCAGCUGACGGUGAAUCUGCUCUCUGCCAAUUGCGAAGUCCUCCAAAAUUACUGCAAGAUGUUUGAAGUCCGAGAACGAGUGCCUACUGUGGAAGAAUGGCGGGAGGUUUCGUACGUCUUUGAAAAUUAUCCGUCUGGAGUGCGCUAUGUGGAUUUUGAACACCGAGUGGGCUGGCGGUCGGCAGUGAAAGUAACCAACAGCAGUAUUGCCGUGGAUUUAGUAUGACGAGGGGGCAGGGCUCCUUAUUUAGCACUUUCAUGCCUUGAUAUCGUUUUAGAAGGGAGGAAUUUUCUCUGCUUUGAAGUAUUCUCCGAAGCUGUAUGUUUACACUUGCAUACCAACCAUAAAUGCUGCUGUGAUCAUUUUACGGGACGAUGGCAAUAUUUUCAAAUCACGGGGAAGGGGUGGGAGGAGUAGCAAGUAGAAUGGAUUAUUGGAAGUCACUUCCAUAUUAAAGUUUCCCGUUAAAAGUUCGGGAGAGCACAAAUGGUUCUUUUGCAUACACACAUUCUGUGACCAAAGAAACGCACUUCACAAGCCUCGUUGGGACAAGCGAGAACAACUAUGAAGCCGGAACACAUGCAGGCAAGAGGGAAAUUUGAUUUUUUUAAAAAAAAAAUGUGUUAAAUGCCUUGAUUGCGCCUUGCUAAUUAUCGAUAUUCAAUAUUUGUACUUUGCCUUUCUCCCAUACUGUUUCUUUUAGGCAAAUUUAAAGGCGGGUUUGAUCCAAAAUAUUACCGUGUUUACCGAAAAUAAGACCCUGUCUUAUAUUUUUUUGAACCCUGAAAUAAGCGCUUGGCCUUAUUGCCCUGCACUCAAAAGCCUAAUUGGGUUUAUCAUCAGGGGAUGACUUAUUUUGGGGGAAACAGGUUAGAUGAUAGAUAGAUGGAUAGAUAUAUGGAUAGAUAAAUAGAUGAUAGAUAGAUGAUAGAUGGAUUGUUAGAUGGAUAGAUAAAUAAAUAGAUGAUAGAUAGAUAGAUAGAUAGAUAGAUAGAUAGAUAGAUAGAUGAUUGAUAGAUGAUAGAUACUCUGUUUCCCCGAAAAUAAGACCCUCUCUUAUAUUUUUUUGAACCCUGAAUAAGCGCUUGGCCUUAUUGCCAUGCGCUCAAAAGCCCGAUUGGGCUUAUCAUCACGGAAUGUCUUAUUUUGGGGGAAACAGGUUAGAUGAUAGAUAGAUGGAUAGAUAGAUGGAUAAAUAAAUAGAUGAUAGAUGGAUAGAUGAUAGAUAGAUGAUAGAUGCAUAAUUAGAUGGAUAGAUAAAUAGAUGAUAGAUGAUAAAUAGAUGAUUGGAUAGAUGAUAGAUGCAUAAUUAGAUGGAUAGAUAAAUAGAUGAUAGAUAGAUGAUAAAUAGAUGAUUGAUAGAUGAUAGAUGGAUAAUUAGAUGGAUAGAUAAAUAGAUGAUAGAUGGAUAAUUAGAUGGAUAGCUAGACGAUUGAUAGAUAGAUAGAUACUGUGUUUCCCCGAAAAUAAGACCCUGUCUUAUAUUUUGUUUGAACCCUGAAAUAAGCGCUUGGCCUUAUUGCCAUGCGCUCAAAAGCCUGAUUGGGCUUAUUAUCAGGGGGUGUCUUAUUCUGGGGGAAACAGGGUAUUAAAAGUAAAACCUCUGAAAUUCCAGGCCAAAUUGUCGAAGGUUAUUUAUAGUUGUCUGAAUAAGUCCAAGGAAGGGUGAUCCGAUCCUCUCUUGCGGAGAACAGGAUGUAGUUAAAGGUGGUAUAUUUAAAAAAAAUGUGGAAAGAAACUAUAUUUUAUAUAGAAUUUCCUUGCUAGGAAUGUCUGCUCAGGCUGCCUUCUAAUUCUCAGUUUUCCACCGUUGAAAACGCUUUGUAAAUGUCUCAUGUCUCUUGUUGCCAUUUGAUGCUUUUGAAUUAUUUUGUAAAAUUAAAGUCACUUGGGAUUUUCUUAAAAAAAAAACAAAACUGAUCUAGA